AUGAUAAAUAAUAUAUUAUUUGGUAUGCUUUAUCCUGAGGACAAUACUGAUGAUGAACAAGAAGAUUUGCCAUAUGAUGGAGAUCUACAGAAUAGAUAUCAGUUUUGUGAUUCACAAAAUGUGGAAGACUUCCCUUCUGUAGAAAAUACUUGUCAAAGUGGUUUCACUUUGACAUCUUGUAAUAUUAGUCAUCAUUCAAAAGAAAAAUCAGACUGCAAAUCACAAUUGCCUCAAAGGAAAAUAAAUCUGGCAUCAUUUCCAAAGAAAAAUGACAUGGAAUUUACAACAGAGAAAGAAUUACUAGCUAGGGCUGUUCACAGUUCAGGAAGAAAUGAAAAAUUCUCCAACUCAAAAAUUUCAGAUGUCCUUUUGCGUCAUUUUCCCAAAGAAGAAUUAUCCAAUCCAUGCCAAUUAAUUGAUUCUGAGACUAUCCCAGAGAUAUCUUUUACUGAGAGUUUUGAUGAAACAAUUCUAAAUAAAAUUAAGAUUUCAGACAAUACAAGGAUAUCUUCACCACAGGAAGAAAGGGGGGGAAAUCUUGAAAGAGGAAUAAAAAGUGAAUCAGUUGAGAAAAACUGGGAUUUGAUCCAAGAUAAGCAAUUUGCAAUAGAUGAGAGUUUUAAUCCCGGUUGUGAUAGAAAAGACUGCAAACAAGAUAAUCCACAAUUUUUAACUCAGAAGAACCAUGCAACUGAUGAAGAGUUAAGUUACAUGUCAACCUCAAAAGAAGAGUACCAAGAGCAAAAAUAUUUUCUGGAAACAACUGGAUCUUCUCAUAAUCUCAAAUAUGGUCAACGUCAGGUUCAUUAUCGGCUUCCUGAUUUCUCUAAGGUCGCUCCAAAGGUCAAAAUACCCAAAGGAAAUAAUGACUCAAGCACUAAAAUUAAACAAACCAAAUCUUUCCCAAAUGUGCUUGGUAAUUCAGCAACAAAAACUGUUCUAGAAGCAAUGAAUUCUUUGGAAUCAGUUGCAAUCAAGAACCAACAGCAGGAAAUGAGCAUAGCUGAACUUGACCGACAGCUAGAGAUGCUGACAAAACAAGCAGAGGCUCAGAAUCAUAUUGAUCAUCUAAGGUUUAAUGCUAAGGUACUUCCUUGCUCAAAUUCUCAUAAACCAAACCUUAGUAUUAAAGCACAAGGUACUGGAAUAACUUCUGAAAUGUCUAUAGUUCCACCUGUAACAGUUCCUGUGAAGAUCAUGCUUGGUUUCUCCCAGUUGCCUCAUUCAGACUCAUAUUCCAGAGUAAUAGUCUCACCCUUACCCUUGGCUGAUGUAGCAAGGCAAUCAUCUGUGAAUCCUCCUGUACUGCAAAAAGUAACAGAAGAAGAAAAGCUUUCUCAGAUGCUAAAAGAUCAGACGAAAGAGCUGAAGGCAAAAGUGGAAAUAUUUUCUAAAUGUAUGACACAGGAUGUAUUGCCAGCCCAAGAACGCCAUCAGCUUUUAAUGCUUUUAAGGGAGCAACUGGACCAACUUGAACAGAAUUACCUAAGCACAAAGGAGAAGCAUUGUGCCCUACACCUCCGAAAUUAUGAGUACUCAUCGACAAGCACUAGAGAAUUUGAUCCUCAUAGAAAAGUAGAGGGGGAAAUAUUUAAGCUUGGGAUGCUACUUGAAGAUAUCAAAGAGAAAAUUGAUAAGACAUGCAAUCCUCAUUCCUCAACUUUUGUGGCAUCAUCUUCAUUCAAACUCUGUGAAUCUGUAUCUUCCUCCAAUUCAAGCUGUACUGAGCAUUGCUUCUUUUCACCUAACAAAACCCCCAAAGAGCUGCAAUCCCAGAGAUAUCAGAAUGCUGACAGUGAUCAAGAAAACACAGAUGGGAAUUUAAGCUAUUGGGAAAUGAGAUCUCCACCUCCAGCGAAACCCUACAAUACCAACAACCAGGAAACCAACACAGCUCGUUUCACUGUAUUGAAAGAAAAAGGGAGCUCGGCUUAUCCUGCAGAUCACCAUUUUUGUGAGGAGUUAGGAAAUUCUGCAAAGGAACAUAAUAUUAUUAUACAUCCUAGACUGAAAAUACAGUUAACAAGCAAACAAACUUGUUCCUGUUCUUCCAGUAGAAAUAAAAAGAUGGAAUACAAAAAAACAAACAGAGGAAAGUCAGACUGUGAAAGAUUCUCAAUCUUCUUAGAAGAAAAAGCCAUGGAUUUAGACUUAUCUGGUAGUGAUAUGGAAGACACUUCAUUCUGUGACCACCUAGACAGUUCAAGUAGUGAAGAAGGCUGGGAACAGUGGACUAAAAAUCAUGAAUCAUGGACAGUGGCUCCCAAAGAACAAAAUAAAGACUCGAUGUCACAGCCAGCGAUGUCUGCCGAUUUGGACGAUCGAUUCUUUCAGCGAUGCUGCAGUGAUCGCAAACACCUACCCCCCUCGGGUUCUACACAGAAGGAAACCAUUGCUCUUCAAAAGAUUUGUACAAAUAAAGAACCAGAACAAUUUAUAGACAGACUAUGCGACAGACAAAAUCAACAUAUUCCUCAAACUCGCUAUUCAAGAACUUGUGAUACCAUUAUCCUUUCACCACAAUACCUCCCUAGUAGGAGUAUCUAUGGAAGAAGGUCAACUUGUAAUCUGAGAAACAGGGACAUUGAAGAUACAAAUACAAAGAUAUUAAACUCCACUCUGGAUCAUGUUAUACAGACUGCAAACAAUCUGAAGAAAACUUCAGAACACAUGAUGCAAGUUGUUUCAGAAGAUUUAGCCAAGGCCAAAAUCCAGCCAUUUGACAGUGUCCCAGCUAGCCGCUAA